AUGGAUUGCUGGUUCCCACAGAAUUGGGAAGAUCCUGUCAUUUCGUUCGAAGCCAAGCGACGCCACGCCGCGGUAAUGCACGUGGGGAGUUGGAAGGAUGAGGGCUAUUGCGAGAACAUAUUAGAACAGAAAGUCGCCAAGCUUCUCGGCCAGGCGAUGGAGAACAAUCGUCAGGUAUUGGCCACUAUGUUAAUCGACCAAGAAGCAUUUGCAAUCAACGUGUGCGGUACCAAAUUGAAGAUACCAGUCACCUACUUCACCGGAGACUACCUUGUGGCGGUGAAUAUCAAGACUAUCAUCAACCAUGCGUCUGUUUAUACUCCUGAGGCGCCGACGAUAAACGACUCCUUCUGGACUUGA